AUUACUGUGAGAGACUGGGCUCUAGGCGCGGGAAUCGUUUUGACAAGAUGGCGGACUUCUAGACCAAAAGUGUGCUCCAAGUAUUCCCACUAAAUAACGAAUCUCCAGUUCAAUAUGUUCGGUCAAGGCGGUGCUAAACCUCCGGGAGGUACGGGAUUUAGCUUUGGAACAACUGGUGCAACCACUACCCCCGCUACAGGGUUUUCUUUCGGGACUCCGGCCGCCGCUAGCACCGCACAAAACGCUGCCCCUACAGGCCUCACCGCCACACCAGCUGCCACAGGGAGUGGCUUUCAGUUUGGCACGGCAGCCCCUGGAGCUGCAGGAGUCAGCUUCAAACUAGGAACAGCAUCUGCUCCUUCCACAACACCAGCCACUGGGUUUUCAUUUGGGGGGAGUACAGCUCCUGCAUCUGGGCUAUCAUUUGGAUCGGUAGCAGCUUCAACUUCAGCAAGCACUGGUCUUUCGAUUUCAGGACUGUCAUCAACCACACCAGCUUCAUCUGGCUUUGGAUCAGGUCUCAAGUUAGGAACUACUACCAACACUACUACUCCCAGCCUAUCACUGGGUUUGACACCCCAAGCAACAUCAGCCACGCCCAGUCAGGGGCUAUCCCUCGGCACCUCCACUGCUGCACCCACUACUGGCUUGACCCUAGGUACUUCUGCACCCGGUCUAACCCUGGGCGCUACCCCAGCGACAACAUCUACAGGAUUUUCAGGAAUUCAGCUUGGUGCUUCUGCAACACAGUCAACAGGGUUUACUCUUGGUAGCAGCACAGCCACAAGUACUCCUAGCUUAGGGCUGGGUGGAUUUAAACCACCUGCUUCUACCACAGCCGCAAGCUCUGCCUCUGGGUUCUCAUUGGGAGGGACAGCGCUUGGCUCAACUGCACCUGGGUCAACCAUUACAGCACCAGCAUCAACAGGUAUUACCACUGGUUUUGGGAGCCUGACUGCCAAAAGUACUGCAAGCACUGUUGCUUCAGCGGUGCCAACAGCGCUGACAAGUACAGCGCCUCAGUUAACAUAUAAACAGUUAGAGGAUCACAUAAAUAAGUGGGCUCUUGAAUUGGAAGACUAUGAACGCACUUUUCUGGACCAGGCAGCGCAGGUCAAUGCAUGGGACAGACUGCUAAUGGAAAAUGGAGAAAAAAUAACUGAAUUGAACUCUGGAGUUGAGAGUGUUAAAGCUGAACAAAAAAGAUUGGAUGAGGAACUAAAUUUCAUAUCUGCCCAACAAAGAGAACUUGAGGAUCUGUUAAAACCUCUUGAAGAUGAACUGAAGAAAAACUCUGUGGGGACCAGCCAGCUUCAGCAUGCAGACAGAGAAAGAGAGUUUACAUAUGGGUUGGCAAAAGAUAUUGAUGGGCAACUGAAGCAGAUGGUUACAGACCUAAAGUCCAUUAUUGACCACCUGAAUACGACAAGCUCUACACAGCAGGAAAAUGAGGACCCAAUUGUGCAAGUCAGCAAGAUUUUGAAUGCACACAUGAAUUCGUUGCAGUGGAUUGAUCAAAAUGCAGCUCUACUACAGAGAAAGGUGGAUGAGGUGGCGAGUCUUAGUGAGAUCAGAAGAAAGGAACAAGAACGCAACUUCAGACUGGCAUUUGACUAGAAAUGGAAAGGCCCCAAAACCACAACAAAUUGGUAGCAAUGAUUAUCUUCACUUUUACUUCAUUGGUGAUUUGAAAUGCAUGCCUUACUUCAACAUCCAAGAUGGAAGCAAUGGUGUUUAGCAGUUUCCCCCAUCAGCAACAAGGCCAGCAAUGACACACUGUUAAAGUGUUCUUGCAUAUGCCCAUUCCGAUACCUCUACUUGCUUUACUGUACUAGCUACAACAUACAGUAACAUCCAUGCAAUUAUUUGAAAUAACUAGUCAUUGAUAGUUUCAUAUUGAAUACAGAAGCAUAAAAUGACUCAAUCAACCAGUGACCUUUCGUGGCCUGAAGGGAAUUUUCCCAAUUGACUCUCACUUAUUGCCUAUAAGUUUUGUUUAUUUGAAUCAUUUAUAAGAAAAAAAAAAACUUAUGUUGUACAAGUUAACUGUUCACACUUCAGUAUUGUAUAUACAGAGGGUGCUAGGUGCAGUCUCAUUGCUUGUUUAGCAUGCUGCACAUCAAAAUACUGCCUGUUCAGAAACACAUAAUCUGGGUACCAGUCUCCUACUAAUUCUCGUUUCGCAAAGCAGCUGAGCAUCACUAAAUGAGAGAAGUAGUUGGGGACUGGUAUCCACAGUAAGGAACACAGCAAUUUACAAUGCAACAUUGUUCUUGAGUUCAUAAGGCAUGUAUGGUCUGCCUAUUCGGCCAAUAAAAGCUAUGCAUUCUGCAUUCACUUUCUGUACCGAACUUAGAUGUAGAAUAAAACAGACGCAGGUUUAUGUA